AUGUUCAAUAACAGGCACUGGGUAUUCCAACAAGAUUCGGCGCCAGCUCAUAGAGCGAAGAGCACACAAGACUGGCUGGCGGCGCGUGAAAUCGACUUCAUCCGGCACGAAGACUGGCCCUCCUCCAGUCCAGAUUUGAGUCCGUUAGAUUACAAGAUAUGGCAACACAUGGAGGAAAAGGCGUACUUAAAGCCUCAUCCCAAUUUGGAGUCACUCAAGACAUCCUUGAUUAAGGCAGCCGCCGAUAUUGACAUGCACCUCGUUCGUGCUGCGAUAGACGACUGGCCGCGCAGAUUGAAGGCAUGUAUUCAAAAUCACGGAGGUCAUUUUGAAUAA